AUUACAGCGAAUAACUAAUAAUUAUUAAUCGUUGAUCCAUUUCAAUCUCCUUAGUAAUACAUAGUCCCUUCUUCCACAUCAGAACCCAUUUGUCUUUGAGUGAGAGAAUCAGCUUUCAGAGAAAAAAGUAUACCUACAGAGAGAGUUAUGGCGGAGAGUGGUGGACGAAGGAUCGGAGUGGCGGUGGAUUUCUCGGACUGCAGUAAGAAGGCUCUGAGCUGGGCGAUCGAUAACGUGGUUCGCGACGGAGAUCAUCUGAUCCUAAUCACUAUUGCUCACGAUAUGAAUUACGAGGAAGGCGAGAUGCAGCUCUGGGAGACCGUUGGAUCACCUUUUAUUCCUAUGAGUGAAUUCUCUGACGCUGCUGUGAUGAAAAAGUAUGCAUUGAAGCCAGAUGCUGAAACCCUUGACAUUGUCAAUACUGCCGCUAGGAAGAAAACGAGUAUUAAGAUUAUGAUUCCCAAAGAUGGUGAUCUUCCAGUUGCGGAUAGUUUAUGAAUAUGCAUCACUGAAGAGUACCGAUAACUUGUACAAAAUAAUGGUCUAUCUCUGGUGUUCUAGACAAAUUAAUCUGAGGAUUGGUGGGACUAUACUCUAUUGAAUAACCUGUAACGGUACUGACAUUGAAUAUGUUACAUUACAUCUAUCAUAGUUUUAUUCAGAAGUUCAUUGAAAGCUUUAUGUUGCCUUGUUAGUUGUGACUAAUAAGUGAACAUUGUCAAUCCAUAUGAAUGUGACUUUCUUUACCACAAUUGUUUGGUUCUGUAUUUAACCAAAAUUCAACUGUUGUGAAACAUGUGCAGAUUACAGUAGUGAUGAAGAUAUAUUGGGGAGAUCCUCGUGAGAAGAUUUGUGCAGCAGCUGAACAGAUUCCUCUCUCAAGCCUUGUGAUGGGUAACAGAGGCCUUGGUGGUCUUAAGAGGAUGAUUAUGGGAAGUGUAAGCAACCAUGUUGUCAACAACGUUGCAUGCCCUGUGACCGUUGUCAAGGCUCACAUCUGAGUUUGCUCGGAGAACUCUAAAUAACACCACCGUGUAUUCUAUAAUUUGUGUUUUUGUGGUCGGAAUUUCUAUUGUUAACUGUUGUGUGACUGGUGUUUUGUUCAUCUGUAUGGAUAAACAACACUCCACCUUCUAAUAAAUACAGACUCUUUUGAUUUUUGGACCAAACUCCACUCAUAUCAAUGUGUUUUUAACUUAUGAUUUGUCCAUUUGUUUUUAUGGUUGAAGAGAAGAG